UUCAAUCGCGCGGACGUUCCUCGCACAGAGCCGGAUGCCGAGAAUUCCGACUGCGCGACUUCGACUGAAUCGGUCGUCUAUUUCGUACGUGAUGCAGUUGAAACCGUCCUGCGAUUCGCCUUCGAGUCGGUGGUCCAUCUGAGGAAUGCCCGCGGACUAGGGGUCUCCCAGAGCCAAAUGCGUUCCCCGCGGAUCCAGCUUCAGAUCCAAUCCGCGUCUCCCUGCUCCGUUCCCAAGUGCAUUCUGUAAGCGGGUGUGCGAGUGAGCCCCGAAGCUAUGUGAGUUCCAAAUAGUUACCGGGAAGCAGCCAAGAGUGCAGUUCAUCCUAACGAUCGUUCCUAGAGCCCACACGCCGAGCUAAUCAAUGGGGAAAUCCCUGCUCUGUGCGAAUUAAUCAAGUUGAUAUUUACGUGACUCCCGAACGGAGGGAGAACAAAUGGCCCAAGUGCGUGAGACGCCGUAGGUGACCCCGAAACGAAAAGAAAAGGUGACCCCAAAAAGCAAGAGGCGGCGGUAAAGAAAUCGAGUCCGAUGCAGUUUGCUAGAGCCGACUACGCCAGACUGCAAAAUGCGUUUGAACGAACCAGCUGCAAGAACGCGAGCCAGGACUAAACCAACGACCGAAGCCACCAAGCUCUCAUCAUCCGGGGGUGACCUUCACCCCGCAUGCUCCGUCUGCAACCUGAUCGGGCUGCUCCUACUCACCACCACGAUCAUGGGCGGCGGACUCGUCCAGGCCAAGACCAUCUACGACUCGCUCGACAGCAGGAUCCAGGGCCUGGAGCCCCUGGACACCUCGAAGGCUCCCCUGCCCCCGACGGCAGCCACGCCCACUGCCCCCGCCCCCGCCCACGCCCACCUCCAGGUGUCCACGCUACGGAGUAGUUACGAGGACUCGGAUGACGACGGCGCGGAUGCGGUUGCGGAUUACGUCAUCCCAGAGGGUCAGACCUCCACGGAGGCGAUCCUGGGACAGGAUGGCCCUGGCCGGGGCCAGGGUCUGGAGUCGCUGUCCUUGCAGGCAGGCUCGGGCACGGUCUCCCCAAAGGCAAGUCCCGAUGCUUCUGGGCACAGGAAGAACGCCUCCUUCCAGCAGAUCGGCAGCCAGAAUGUGAACGCCUUAGUGCCGGCCACGGUGGCCACUACUGCACCCGGCAGCCCGUCGAGCGCCAACGCCUCCGCCUCCCUGGCCACGCCCACAGAGCCGGCGAGGAAUCGGAGCACCGGCCACGUCCGCAACUCCGCCGUCAAGGUGGACAGCAAGCAUCCCCUGUCCAAGGGCCAGAAAACGGACGCGCCCAUGUUGAACUACAUCUUCGACACGUUCUCAUCGGCCAACAAGCAUCACCACCACGAUCAGAGGUAUGGUCCCCACUUCGAGGAUGUGCAGCGGGUUGGUCAGGCCACCAAUCUCACCGUGCAAGCGGGCUCCAGCAUCCACCUGAACUGCAGGAUCUCCUUACUGCAGGAUAAGACUGUCUCUUGGGUGCGCCACAACCCGCAGGAGGGGGGCAACGGCAGUGGCAGUGGCCACGGAAACGCCCUGGACCUGCUGACAGUGGGCAUGCACACGUACACGGGCGACAAGCGCUACAAGAUGGAGUUCCAGUACCCCAACAACUGGCGCCUGAAGAUCACCAACGUGAAGAAGGACGACGAGGCCAGAUACGAGUGCCAGAUCUCAACUCACCCGCCCCGCCUCAUCCAAAUAAACCUGCACGUGAACGCUCCGAAGGUGAUGAUAGUGGACGAGGUGGGGGACCCGCUCCAGGAGAAGUACUACGAGAUAGACUCCACCCUGCAGCUGUCCUGUGUGGUGCGGAACGUGGCCAUGACCAGUGCUGUGGUCUACUGGAAGCACAUCGACAGCGUCCUCAACUACGACGUGACUCGCGGGGGAGUGAGCGUCAAAACCGAACUGAUGGAGGACGGAGCCAACUCGACGCUCUCGAUAGCGAAGAUCAGCAAAACGGAUUCCGGCAACUACACCUGCUCCAUCAGCGAGUUCCAGAACUUCACCAUAGUGGUGCACAUUCUGAACGGCGAGAGCUUCGCGGAACUGCACCAUGGCGGAGCGGGUGGGAGGCGAGGCACGUGGUGGAACCUGGUGAUGCUACAUCUAAUGGCACUCCUUGUGCUGCAUAGUCUAAGGGGGCGGUCUAGCUAAGGUAGCUUAAGGGGGCGAACGAAUUGAGGCAACAUCGUUUUUCCUGUAGCACUUUUUGUUGAUUAAUUGUAAAGAUUCUGAAUCGGAUAGGGCAGUUAUUAGAAAUAACUUAAAACGCAGCCUAGGUUUAACUGGCUAUUAUAGAUAUGUUUCUACGUCUAUCAUCAAUUUGUACAUGAGCAGGCACGCCUAGGAUUAAGCUAGGAUUAAGCUCGAGUGUGUUUGAGAGCCCGGAUGGAGGCCAACGAAUUUCCCCAGCAGAAGUCGCGAGGUCAGAGUCUGCGGCUGGCCUAGACCCAGACGAUACAGGAAUGUAAAGCAUAGUGUAAAGUAAGUCGCUGCAAGUUCUUUGUCACAGGGUUUGCAGCAAGGAUCCGAGGAACUCCUGUGGACUACUCAACGUUGAACUAGUGUAAGGUGCAAUACGGUCAUAUACAUAUUAUAUACAUACACACCAGCCACGAACGAAAGCAUCGGUCAAAUGAUAUGUUAAUAAACGAAUACUCGUAUGUAUGCAAUAAUAAAGUGAACUAUAAAUGAUU